CUAAGUUCGGUGCAACUAGAGUUUCAGGAUAGCCAUUUGUCACCUGCACUUACCCUGCUUCCCUGCCUGGACAAAUCUCACCUUCUUUCUGACUCCACAUUUUUUCAUCAUACAGAUGCAGAAUUUGUCCCUCUUCGGGGAUUUCCUGAUUUCUCGGUUAUGUCUGAGAGAUGCCCUAAGACUUCAAAUGUAGCUGUAACUGAUGAUUCCCACCUCCAAAAUACUAUUCAUGACCAGGCUGCACUUUCCCAGCACCCGUUGGUGGGUGAUAAAAGCUGCUGUUCACUGUCCCAGCACAGCCUGUCACCUGGAGACCAUCAGGACCACGGGAGUUCUUCAUAUGGUGCUGAGGACAAAAUCAACAGACAUAUGGAAGGAGAGGAGCAGACCAUUGCAGAGCAGCUUAGUGAGGGAAUGUCUGCUCGGCUCUUAUUAGAGUUCAAGGACAAGGAUGUUAUUGUGGCUUUUAGUGACAGCAGUGCCAUUUCUUCUGCAUCUGAAUCUGCCUCAAAUCACCAAAACACAAACAAAAGCCAGUCAGAUCCUUCCAUGAAUCUUCAAAAAAGCAGAGAUCAGCCCCAAGGGGGCUCAUUGUCAUUAUCAUCUUCAUUUCAGAAGGCUGUAGAUGUGUCAAAUAUAACUUUUCAUGGCUCACGGAUGCUUUCACACCAAACAACUGACCAUCUCCAUGAUCAGCUUCUGUCUGCAGGACAAAGAGGCUCCAUCUCGGCACCAGCAAGUAGGCACCAUAGUGGGAACAAAAGCUCUCAUAGUGGACUAUGUGUCUCACCAACUGGUGAAGGUGUGAUGCAUGUACCAGAUCUGCAGAGAGCGCUUUGGAGUUCCGGUCAUCUAACAGCAGCAGAUGGUUCAUUCUUGAGCUCUCAGCCUGUGUCUCAGUCCACACCUGCGCUACCUCUUGUGAGACCCCCACCAGCAUUGACCAAACUCUCACUCAUACACUCCAAACUUGAGCUUGUUGCUUCUGUGGCUACAUCGUCCCAAAACAAUCACUCCAUAACUGGCUUAAUUCCAUCGUUGGACCUAAGAGAUCAACAUUCCUUUCCCAUCCACUCUCAAACAACAGCUACAGUUCCUAGUGGACCUUCAGAGACUGUGCAAACAAUGUCACAUGCCCAUCCCAUUUCAAACAAACAAGUUUCUACUCCUGAUUUAAAUCCACAGGCCUCUGAUACACCUCACUUCAACACUCAGCACUUUUACUCUGGUGCAAUGUUAAAAGAUAAGGUCCCUCCUUUGGCCCAUGGGAGAGUACACUCUCUUCCCAGUUUGAGCUACUUACAAAAAGUAGAUGCCUGGAAAGCCAAUCAAAGUUCUAGCAGGUCAUUUUAUGAUAAUUUGGCUCUACAGGGGUUUGAUGGUGUGUCACCCAAGAAAAAAGCACAGGGUGUGGUGUCUGACACACUUAAUCACAUGCUUUCUCGAGACACGCGUCUGACAUUUGGUGCUAAUUCCAGCUCCCAGAUGACUCAACCACUUUCCUCUUCUCAUUCUGGAAGCGGCUCACCCCGUCGAGUGGAUGUGUGUAGAGGACAAGCAUCUGAGUCACCUGUCAAUCGCUCACACUCUCACUCCUCCCUGAGCUCUGUGGUGACCUCUAUUCAGAGAGACACAGGUACACACAGCCAGCAAGUUCUAGUGGCACAAUCUAAUGACAUAAUUCCUGUUACCAGAUCGUUUGACCAUCAGUUGUCCUUAGUUUCAGGUGAAAGGGGUGAAGGAAGGAAUAGCUCAGCUCCUCACAUGGAUAAAAUCUCGGUCAAGAUGUCUCCUCUCCUCAGUCUGGGUCGCUUCAGUGACGUGUCAUCAAGCCUCAAUAUGAGCAGCACUCUCUCUAGCUCUCAAGGCAGUUGCCAUGGCGAGCAGAGAAUGCGAGCAUCAGUGGGAGCCACCUCUUCUGUAGUGAGUCUUGAGGUUGAUAAUUAUGCACCCUACUGGACUUCCAGACCUGCCUCCCCUCCUCACACUAGGGAACUCAACAUUGAAGAUAGGAUCCCUGGUCGAUCCUCCCUGACUUCCUCCCCCAGCUCACACCGCCUCUCAGAGAGUGACACAUCCCUUGUUUCACUAGGACGAAACAUUCAAGGUUACCAUGACGACACAUCUCUGUCAGCUGGUGGAAACCUUUCUUUGCUGCUGACUCGCUCUUCAUCAGAUUCGGCUUUGAAAGGAAGCUUGUCAUCCUCGCAAGGACCACAACAAAAUGACUUCACAACUAUAGAGCCUACCGCUCUCUCUUUGAGCAGAGAUGAAAGUUUGAAGUCACGUGACCUCUGUGUGACCCCAAGGCGGGCUGAGCCUGAGGGCUGCAGUGCUGCAGACCCAGAUAAGGCAAAGCCACCUACAGCCACAUCUGCCGUGCAGAUGAAUGUUCCUUCGAUACCAGGGAACCUUCUGCAGAACCAGAACCAGACUGAGGAUGAUGCGUUUGGCUCUUCAGAGAAUAAUUCGUCCCAUGUCUCAGCUGAGGUUGAAAGUAUGAGUGACAGUAGCAACGAGAGUUCAUUGGCUGCCAGAGUUGCCAAACUCCUGCAGAGUGAGUCACCUGUUUCUAUGGUUACAAGCCAGCCAAGCACCAGUGACCCAGAAGAUAGCCAUGCCCGAGAAUGGAUCCUGAUGAAGGUUUCUGGCCGCCGAUGUGAAAGCUUAGAACUAAACGCUGAGGACAGAGAGAGAAUUGAAGACAUCAAAAGAGAACUUCUACUGAACACCAAAUACACUAAGUGGAGCUCAGAUUCUGAGGGCAGUACUCAGUCAAGUGUUGGUCCUGAAUCUCAGCUGACAAAGGGCUUUGUUGGACUGCGUAACAUGGAGAAUCAUAACUCAGAUCAGCUGCAGAAAGUUGAUCCAAAACCUUUGGACAAAGUUCCAUUUUACACACCUGUACAACAGGAUCUAGAGGCCAAAGUUCACCAGAUCGCUCUUAGAGAGGGGCUCAGCUCCCAGUCUUUUACUUCUAUUACUAUAGCAACCACUCACCGCACUCCAUCUCCUCAGUCACCGUCACAUUGCCCUAUCACUGCUACUGAGGAAUUGGACAAUAUUGUUCCUGACCAUGAGACUCUAGAGAGCACAAGCCAAAUGAGACUUCAGCCAGCUGUUAUACCUAAUGUAUCUGGCAGAGAAAAAGAGACGGCGAGAGAAGGACAAAAUAGAGAAGAGAAGAAAAGAGAAGAAAUGACUGAUGACAACAAAGAGAACAUUGUUACGAAUGAUCCCCAGAGUAUCCGAAUAAUACCUCACAUGGACUAUACUGUCACAGGCUCAACCUUUGGCAAGAAGUCCCACAAGAGAGUGUAAGUGCAGUUGAAUAGUGGGUUUGGGUUUGUAGUCACCAAUCCAAACUAUUUAAGCAGACUACCCAGUCAAAACACUAGUAAAGAUGUCCCUCCUCCCGUGGUGUCAGGCAUGACUGAUGAACAUCUGCAGUCCAUACACCGAAUCUCAACAUCAAAUCAUGCCAGAUCAUAUGAACACAGAGAGCCAAUUCAAGGCCAGAAUGCAGGAAUAGUCAGUGCACACUUACAGGCCAGAUACUCACAAACCUUUGCUCCCUCUCAGAGGCUGGCUGGGACAUCCAGAACUCUCUCCAUUCAAACAGGUAUGUGUUCUGUCCCUGCCCUGUUGCCAUACAAACCUCAUGGGAGCUCCAAGCUGUUCUACAUCCCGCAAGCUGAUCCAGAGCUUUCUCCUGGUCGCUCUGACACAACUGUUGAAAGCUCUCACUCAGGUUCUGAUGAUGCUGUCCCUCCACACUUUAAUACAGACAUUUUAGGCUCUAGAGAGCUAGAAGACAACAUAAUUACACCAAAACACAAGGAAGGCAUCUACAGUAAGAGGGCCGAUAUGAAGAGAGGUAAGAUGCACAUUAGUGUUUCUAUGAGUUGUACAAUAUUUGCCAAUACUGCUCCUGAAGUUUAUGUUUCUGAGAAGAACAUGGACACUGUUGGCAUAGAUGAGGUGUAUAAAGAUGAGGAAGAAAAGUUUGUCCCCUUACACAUGGAGGCAGACUACAGUACAGAUGAUGUGCAUCUUCACAGCAGCACCAUGCAGGAGCCCAAGUUUCCACUAGAACCACACCAUUUACCUUCUCAGCCAAUCAGAAAGCCCUACAGGGUGAACAAGAAAGAGCAGGACAGAACACCUCAUGAUGUUAGCAUAGAGAUUAGCAGUUCUCUGGACCAGCUGUGGCGUCGCUUCAGUGAAAAAUGGAGCAUGGAGGAGACACGACCAACUAAUGAGGGAGAGACAUCUCUGCUUGAUAGACUAGAGCGUCUGUCUCGUCUAAUUCACAAUACCUCUCCAAAAGACCAAAUUAUACAACAAGCAGACAGCAGGAACGGAGAGUGUUACAGGAGGAGUCAUCGAGAGGAUGGGACCACAGAGGGAGGAGAGCAAAGAGAAAGAGUUCAGUUAGAAGUGACUCCACAACAAGCUUGGCCUGAGCAUGAAGAGAGCCAGGAGAGAGUGCAUCGCUGUCCUGCCGAGAGAGAUGAGUCUGCGAGUGUGGAGACAAGCAGUAGCCUGUCCACCAUUGACACAGAGCGGCUGCUGCGAGCUUUUGGACCUCACCGGGUCACCAGUAAAGGACUGAAAAGCAGUGACCGCUUGCUCAGACUUUACAACACCAUCAAUAUGCAGAAAACUGUCCGAAGGAAACCCAGUACUAAACAUGCUGCCAUCUCUGUUGCUACCGAUGAUGUGAGCACGGAUGACUCCACAGUCUCUGCUGAUUCAUUAUCAUCUUCAAGCACUUUUUCCCAUUAUUCUCAAAGAGGUAUCUCCAAAAACCUCAAUUCCAAAAGGUCAAAGGUCAAACUGGUCAGCAAAGGUGUACAGGCAGGUGAUUUGGAAAUUGUUAUAAAUGGCACCCGCAGACACACUCGGGACGUAGGCACCAUCUUUCCCUCACCAGGUGCUUUCAAAAAUAUCCAUUUAACAAACACAUUUGGCAGAGACAUUCAGAGUGGCUUUCCCAUCCCCACUGCUUCCACAUCUAAACCCACCCAAACCCUGACUGCUCUGAAGAAAGACACCAGCAACAAGAGCAUCCGGACCCGUUACCCAAACGGUGCAUCAUGGUUUGUCUCCGCUGAUGAGCUUAGGUGUGAUGGUCGCAAGGAAAAUCAGCCACAGAGUGAAUCAGCACCUUGCCCAAGCCAAGCCUGGUUUGAGCCUUACAGUAGAACCAAACCCUGGAGAGAAACGACCAGAGAACCUCUAAGAGAGAGACAGAAUCAGCAAGAGUCCAUAACGGCUACGGAGACCGACAUCAGUGACAAACCCUCAGCUCUUGUUCAAAUUUCACUACAGGAAGCUCUGGAGCUCCAUCGGCCAGCGUUUGUAUCUCGUUCACGGGAGCGGAUGAAGCGUCUGGGGUUGCUGGUUGAAGAGAGGAGAUUACAGGCGGUCUUCAACAGAGAGAGAGAAGAGCUCUUCAAUUGCCCCGCACCAUCACGUCCAUACAGACCAGCUCCAGUACCCCAUAAACGAGCCGUUCCAAGAAAAGAGAUGGUCCAAAGAUCUAAAGAGAAAUACGCUCAACUUCCUGAGGUCCAGAAGAGAAGGGAGGAGGAAAGGAGACGGGCGGAGUACCAUUCCUACCGCCUCAACGCUCAACUCUUUAACAAGAAAGUCACCAAUCAUGUGUUGGGAAGGAGAGCACCCUGGCAGUGAGCUAGAAUCAACUCAACAUUUCAAAAAGCCUUACCGUUCGUUGAAUGUGACAUGUCCUCUGAGUGUUUUAUAUGGGGUGAUAUUUUAGAAUGGUUGUGUGUUAUGCGAGUGUGCUUAGAUAUAUGUGUGCAUUCUGAUUUUAGGUGUUCUGAUUUUAUUUUAUAUAACUGAUUUUGUGUUAUUUAUGGAGUUGCAGUGUUGGGUUGUUUCAUUAUGUCUCUUAUAGUUGCAAAAUUAUUUUUUUAUUAUGUCUGUUUUUGCUAAGUUUUAACCAUAUUUUUAUGAGGUAA